AUGACUAGAGACAUAGUGUAUGAACAUUUGGUUUGUGAUGGAAUUCUAUGGAAUUAUACGAGAUGGAUUUUUCAUGGGGAAGGUACAUCUUCACAUGAAAGUCUACAUGUUAAUACUGUGAUACAAGAUGAAGGUGAAACAUAUGAUGGUACACACACCAUGUUAGAUGAGCUGCAGGGAAGAAAUACAAAUGAAGAUGUUGAGGAUGGUGACAUAGGUGAUGGUACAAAGGGAGCAAGUAUAGAGGCGGAUAAAUUUGAACGAUUAAUUGAAGAUUCAAAGAAGGAGUUGUACCCAGGAUGCAUGAAAUUUACUAGAUUAUCCUUCAUUCUUCGUCUUUAUCAUAUAAAGUGCCUUUGCAACAUGACCGACAAAGCAUUGUCAAUGCUGUUAGAUUUGUUGCGAGAGGCGCUUCCAGAGCCAAAUACAUUGCCAAAGAAUAUGUAUGAAACAAAGAAAAUUAUCAAAGAUUUGGGGCUCAACUGCAACAAGAUUGAUGCCUGCCCAAAUGAUUGCAUGUUGUUUUGGAAAGGAGCAGAGAAAGCCACAUCUUGUUAUAAAUGUGGGGCAUCAAGAUAUUCAAGUAAAGGAAAGAAAUUUCCGGCUAAGACAUUACGUCAUUUUCCUUUAAUCCCAAGGUUGCAGAGGUUAUACAUUUCAUCCAAAACCUCAUUUAAUAUGAGAUGGCAUCAUGAAGAACGUACAAAAGACCAAAGGUUACGACACCCAGCUGACAGUCAAGCAUGGAAGGAGUUUGAUAGAUUGCAUCAACUUUUUAGUGAGGAGCCUCGUAAUAUCAGACUCGGGUUAGCAAGUGAUGGAUUCAACCCAUACAAGCAUAUGAGAUCAACUCAUAAUGUAUGGCCUGUUGUGGUGAUGCCUUAUAAUUUUCCGCCAUGGAUGUGCAUGAAGCCAGACUACUUCAUUCUUACUUUGCUUAUUCCUGGACCAGAACAGCCUGGGAAUGAUAUAGAUGUAUAUUUACAGCCAUUGAUAGAAGAGUUAAAAGAUUUAUGGUACAAUGGAGUUGAGACUUAUGAUGCAUUUAAGAAGGAGAAAUUUAAUCUAAAAGCAUGUUUGUUAUGGACCAUUAAUGAUUUUCCAGCAUAUGCAGUCCUCUCAGGAUGGAGUACUAAAGGUGCUUAUGCUUGUCCAUGUUGCAACAGUGAGACUUCUUCUCGUUGGCUAAAAUAUGGCAAAAAACAUUGUUAUUUGGGCCAUCGUCGAUUCCUUCCACAAGAACAUCGAUUUCGACGAGACAAAAGGAGUUUUGAUGGCCAUGAGGAACAUAGACUCCAGCCAAAGCAACUAUCAGGGAACGACAUAUUGGAACAUUUACAAUAUAUUGAUUUUCCCCAAUUUGGUAAAGAAAAUAAUAAACAAAGUGGGAAGAAGAAGCAAAGGAGGUUAAAACAGCCAGAGCUUCCAUACAACUGGAAGAAGAAGAGUAUAUUUUUUGACUUGCCAUACUGGAAAGAUAAUCUAGUCCGUCACAAUUUAGAUGUGAUGCAUAUUGAGAAGAAUGUCUGUGAUAAUAUCGUUAACACUUUGUUGGAUCAAAAAGAAAAGUCAAAGGAUAACGUGAAUGCACGUUUAGAUUUGAGAGACAUGAAAAUACGAUUAGAUCUUCAACCAAAGGUCAUUGAAGGCAAGAAUAAGUUGUUCAUACCUCCAGCAAGCUACACAAUGUCUACCACUGACAAAGAUUUGUUUUGCACAGUUUUAAGGGGUGUAAAGGUUCCAGAUGGACUUUGUAGUAAUAUUUCACAGUGUGUGCAAGAACGUAAGAUUAUUGGAAUGAAGAGCCAUGAUUCUCAUAUUAUGAUGCAACAACUUCUUCCAAUUGCAGUGCGUAACAUAUUGCCUAAGAAUGUCAGCAUUGUAUUGAUAGAGGUUAGUGCAUUUUUUCGAGAGUUGUGUAGUAAAGUUGGGAAGGAGGAAGACUUCAAGAGGCUUGGUGAAAGUGUUGUCUUAACACUAUGCAAGAUGGAAAGGCUUUUUCCACCUACAUUCUUUGAUGUUAUGGUACACCUGAUUGUUCAUUUAGCCCAUGAAGCUAGCUUGGCUGGUCCUGUUCAAUACCGUUGGAUGUAUCCAAUAGAAAGGUUAGUGUUAAAUUUUCAUUUUUUCUUAAAGAAUAAGAUAACUUGUGUAGGCUUUUUAAUAUGUUGA